AUGGCAGCGCCAGUGGAGAGCACCGAAGGGCAAGGAGCCGACAACUUGACGGAUCAGGAGGCGACGCAAUAUGACCGACAGAUCCGCCUUUGGGGCCUUGAAGCCCAGUAUCGGAUCCGCAAAACUCGCAUCCUGAUGCACGGUGCCCGCGGCCUCGCCAUCGAGGCAAGCCAUGCCGAGUCCUUCGCUUUUAAAUGUACGGCUAAAAAUCUCGUGUUGGGCGGCGUGUGCGAGCUGCAUCUCGCCGACCCCGAGGUCACAGUCGAAGAUGAUCUAGGCGCACAGUUCUUUCUGACCCUGGAUGACUUGGGAAAGAACCGGGCUUCGGCAAGCGUUGAACGUCUGCAACAACUCAACCCCAUGGUCAACGUCAAAGCCAGUGCGACCAGCCUAGAGCAACUGGAUGCUGCCUUCCUCGGCCAGUUUGACGUUGUUUGCCUGACCGAUGCCUCCUUGGCUCAGGCGGUGCGCAUUGACGAUAUUUGCCGUCAACUCAACAUUCGAUUCUUCUGCGGUCGCGUUUAUGGUUUUUACGGCUAUUUCUUCAGCAAUCAACACACGCACGACUAUAUCCUAAAACUUCCACAAAGUGACGGCACCGAAGCCGCCAAGCAGGUGAAGAAGCAAAAGUGCUUUCCCACUUUGCGCAGUGCCCUCGAGCAUUCCUUGCAGGGGGUCAAGAAGCGUCGUUGCCCGCGCAUGUAUCCAGCGCUGCUCACCCUGGAAGCAGCCAUCGCUUCAGGCAAAGCGCCAGAGAGCAUUUUGCCAAAAAUUAUGACUGAGCAUCAUGUUGCACCCGAGGUGGUGACCCCAAACUUUGUCAAUGCCAUGUAUCAAGGAUGGCGCACGGAAAUGGUGUCCACCAGCGCCAUCGUGGGCGGCAUGCUGGGAAGUGAGAUUAUCAAAGCCAUCUCGAACGUGGACGAACCAAUAUACAACACAUUCUUUUGGGACGCCGACGAGAGUAGUGGUUCAGUUGAGCUCUUGGGCCAAACGGCUUCGGACACGAAGCAGAGCAGUGACCCAGUGACUCCCGCUGAGGCGGCCGUGCCCGUGGCUGAUGUGAUUGAGCUGUAG